AUGGAUACUCAAUUAAUUAACAAGAAGCCUCUUAGAAUUUUGAAUAUUAAACAUACACAUAAUAAGAGUCAAAAAUAUAAAAAAACUAAGAAUUAUCAAGUAUAUCAACAAUCGAUAUUCCUAUUAAUUCUAAGUAAAUAUGGAGACAUUUAUUUUGAUAAACCAAUAAAAAGAAGUACUACAACCUCUCAAUUUUUAAAUGUAAAAGAAAUAAGAUUUUCAAAAGAAGAUAUAAUUUCAGUCAAUUCAUUUAUUGAAAAAAGAUGUGAAAAGAGAAUGAAACAAGAAAUAGAAAGUGGUCUUUCACAUGAAACUGCAUUAAGAAGAUAUGAAACUAAUAAAUUUAUAGAAUCCCUUCAUUUUUUGAUUGAUUUAUUAACAGAAUUACAUUUUACAUUAAGUUGUAAAUUGUUUUUAUCAAAGAAUGGAUUAGAACAAAAAGAAACCAUAAAUGAAAUAAGAUAUAACUCUGAAAUUAUAUUUAAUAAAAAUGACAUUCAAAUGAUUGGUGAAAAAGUCAACUCAUAUAUUUCAAAAAUGAUCAGAGAUAAUAAGAGAUUUAUAUUAUUAUCAAAUAAUGAAGAAAUAUCUAAACUAACUUCUUUUCAAAAACCUUAG